AUGUUCAAACACCUUUUCCUCCAACGGUUGCCUCCUUCUGUGCAAGCCAUCCUUGCGCCUAACAUUCCUUCAUCGACUGUUCAGAUGCUCGCGGAGACUGCCGACCGUAUACUCGAGUACUACCAGCGUCCUGUUACGGUUAACGUCGCUAGUCGAAGCACAAUUGCCCCCACAAUCGAGGAUGUCGUCAAACGCCUGGAUGCCCUCACACUCGAAGUUUCCCAGCUCCGGGCCACUCGUGUCCAUAACCCUCGUAGCCCUGCGAUUUCUCGCCGCCCGAGAUCUCCCACUCCAAAUCAACCUGCAGUUGAUGGUUUCUGUUGGUAUCAUCACAAUUAUGAUUCUAACGCCCAUCGCUGCCACUCUCCGUGCAAGUAUAAAACACCCGCGUCUGAAAACUCCCCUGCCGACCAGUAA